UCCGACCAGCAUCGCUUCUAUUCAUGUUGUCUGAUCAGAUACAUAAGGGAGCCGGGCCUCCCCCGGUCCUGCACUCUCGUCUAUUUUGUGGCACGCACUUUAAAGACAUUCAGUCUCGAUCUAAUCAUAUUAGGUCCCAAGCCUUACUCGGAUUCGAGAAACCGCAAGCCGUAGCAGGCACAUCAAACUCUUAGUUUUAUCGCCACAGUACAGUACUCGAGCUACUUGCUUGAAAACACCGCAGCCAUGACUUCGACCACCAGUACCCUAGUAACACCGCGAGAGAGGGUCGGGGAGAAGACCGGAGAGACGGAUCGGGAAAACACCCCUACACCAUCAAUGCUUGAGGAGGAGGCAGUAGAGAAGAAGGAGGAAGCCGGCGCCGCAACCGAUGAGGAGGCCGGUUCAUCACAGCCAACGGAGCCCAAAGAGCCCGAAUACCCCACCGGCAUCCGGCUUACCUUCAUCGUUGUCGCUCUCGUUCUUAGCAUUUUCUUGGUUGCUCUCGAUAUGACCAUUGUCGCAACCGCCAUUCCCAAAAUCACGGACGAAUUCCGCGGUCUGGACCAGGUCGCCUGGUAUGGCGCCGCUUUCUUCAUGUGUGUUGCCGCUUUCCAGUCAACAUGGGGUAAGGCAUACAAGUACUUCCCGCUCAAGACCUCAUUCCUGCUGUCAAUCUUCAUUUUCGAGGUCGGCAGUCUCAUUUGCGGUGUCGCUCCCAACUCCGUCGCCCUCAUCGUCGGCCGCGCCAUCGCCGGUGUAGGCGCUGCAGGUAUCGGCUCCGGUGCCUACACCAUCAUCGGCUUCUCCGCACCGCCCGACAAGCGACCCACCUUCACCGGCAUCAUCGGUGCCUCGUACGGCAUUGCCUCCGUCAUUGGGCCUCUGAUCGGCGGAGCCUUUACCGAUCACGUCAGCUGGCGCUGGUGCUUCUACAUCAACCUCCCCAUCGGAGGUCUCUCCGCCGCCAUCAUCCUCUUCUACUUCCACACCCCGCCCCAGGCCGUCCCCGUCAAGGCGAGCAUGCUCGAGAAGUUCCUCCAGAUGGACCUCAUCGGCACCGCCCUGAUCAUGGGUGCGACAAUCUCCUUCCUGCUUGCCCUGCAGUGGGGAGGCCACCAGCACCCGUGGAACUCAUCCACCGUCAUCGGCCUCUUUGUCGGUUUCGGCCUCAUGAUCGUCGCCUUCAUCGUCCUCGAGUGGUACCAGGGCGAGCGCGCCAUGAUCGCGCCCCGGCUCAUCAGCGACCGCACCGUCUACAUCUCUUCCGCCUACGCCUUCUUCUUUGCUGGCGCCUACUUCGUCCUGGUGUACUACCUGCCAAUCUACUUCCAGUCCGUUGACAACGCGUCCCCCACCCAGUCCGGCGUCCGAAACCUGCCGCUCAUCAUCGCCGUCACGAUCGCCACCGUUGCCUCGGGUAUCUCCAUCUCCGCCACGGGCUUGUACACGCCGAUCCUUGUUGUCGGCGCUGCUCUCGCUACUGUUGGCGCCGGCCUCCUUUACACCCUCGACAUCGGCACCGGGAGCGAUAAGUGGAUCGGAUACCAGGUCCUCGCCGGUCUCGCAUGGGGCGCCGCCUUCCAAGUUCCCAUCAUUGCCGUCCAGGGCACAGUCAGCGAGAGUGAUCUCGCAUCCUCCACCGCCAUUCUUCUCUUCUUCCAAACCGUCGGUGGAGCCUUUUACGUCGCCGCAGCCCAAUCAGGCUUCCUCAUCACCAUCCUCAAAAAAGUCGCCGAGAACGUGCCCAGCGUGGACCCCAACCUCGUCGCCCUCACCGGCGCAACCCAGAUCCGCACCGCCUUCCCCGCCGACGCCGUCCCGGGCGUCAUCCAGGCCUACAUGGACGGCCUCAAGGUUGCUUUUGCCCUGGCCAUCGCCGGCGCCGGUAUCUCGUUCCUCAUUUCCCUGGGAUCAAGGUGGAGCAAGCUCAACACCAAGAAUCUCGCCGGUGCCGCCUAGAUCGCCGAAAUCACUGUCGUUCUAUCACGCGAAAGAAGUGGGAUUCAACAAGUCCUCGGCUUGUGGAAUUUCUGUGCGACUAUAACUCGCUUUUCGUUUUGUCUUUCCCUAUAUACCAUGUUCGACUGUGCAGAAAAGUCUUAUAGAAUCUAAUAAUAGGCAAACGGGCCAUGGCUUUUUGAUUGCAUUUGGGCGUAGAAGGAGGAAUCUUGGUCUACCUACGAGGGUGCUUAAUCCAGGGCAACUCAACUCUUAUGUCUUACGAAGAUAAUGUCAGAUUUCUGUUGGUAGCGGACGUAAUUUGCCGAAAUGAAGUCUCAUUAAUAGAUAAAUCGCUGUUUCAAGUCUGUUGAUGCUCCAUGAUCGUGA